AUGGACCAGGAGGAAAGCACCAACACAAAGUUUUUGUGUCUCUUUUUCAUGGAAGAUAGGAGUUUGAGCGUUCUUUCGCAGAAUGACAAGAACUUGACCAUUAGUGAAUUAACAGAAGGUUCAAACUGCUCCAUGAAAUGGAUGGGAAGAAAGGAGUACAAAUGCAAAAUUGUAAAAAUCCAUGACAACAAAGAUUUCUUGGACAAGUGGGCGUCAAAAGUGAAUAACAGCGUCUUAAAAAAACAUGCUGAUUCAAAAGACCUUGAGGUCAGUCAUUUGAUCAAUGAGAUUCUUAACUUCAAGGAAGCCUCAAGCAGUGGAAAAAGAAAGCGCAUUGAAACAACAAGAUCCAAAGAAAGCAAGAUCCAAGAUGAAGAAAUCAGUCCCAAAAAGAAGAAAACAGCGAGUGUGAAAGAAAAAAGUGAGGAAGAAAGCCCCCUUAAAAAAAGAAAUGUUACAGAAAAAGAAGAAAUGGAUCAUCCUAAAAAGAAAAAAAACACAAAGGAGAAGGAAAAAGCAAGUCCACAGAAGCAAGAAAAUUUGAAGAAAAAAGAUACACAGAUUGCACCAGCUAAGAAAUCAGUGGACAGCUUGGAAAGAAAAAAACAGACAAAAGAACAGUUCAAAAAAAAAGUGGAAGCCACAGCUGCAGCAAGUAUGUCUAUGGAGAUCGUCUCCAUGGCAAGUCAAUUCUCCAUCGACAAGGACACUACAUCGCCAUCAGCACCUACAGCUACAGAAAUGGAAACAGAAAAAACAGAAUUGAAUUUAGUCAAAAGUCCUCUCAAAAGCACAUGUACAACAAGCCAUCAAUCAGCACCAGAAAAUGAAAAAGAACCAACCCUUAACCUGGCUGCAACUUACAUAAAUUUGGAUUCAAACCAGCAGACUGUCUCAACACCAUUGACAGAAACAUGGGGUUUGUGCCAAAGGUCCCAAGAAGGGUUUGAAAUGCAUCAAACGUUUGCUCUCUCAAACGACAGUUUUAGGCUACCAGCAACAAACAUGACAAAUGGCAUUAUUCCAGUUCCUUCUCCACAAGUCCUGGAAACAAUGAGGGGCAUCAUGCACCCCGAUUUUCAGACAUACAUCAGAGAAGUUCUGAAUCACUAUGGCCAAAAUCAGAAUUAUUCUUCUCAUCAGGUAAUAAUAUUUCACAAAUCUGACUUUUGA